UUGCCACUCAGCACUCCUCUCUCUCUCUCUCUCUCUUUCUUUGCGGAAUUCAGUCAAGGGAAGAAAUCCAUCAGUCUCUCAUCAAGCCUUAGGCAACAAGACAAUGAAUUCUAUCAAGUUCACAUCCAUUUAAGGCUUCUACAGUGGAAUCCCUAUUCCUCUUCCAUCAAUCAUCCUUCCUUCAGCAUCAAGAUCCUCUCUUUCUCUCUCUACCAAAGCCAAGUGAGAGUUCUAGCUUUCAUAAACUCCAACAGCAGAGAAAGAAAGGACCCGACAACAACAAGUGUAAGUAGAAGAAGUCGUUCCCCAUCUCUUCAACUGAAGUGCAUAAAUAUCUGGUUUGAUCUCUCUCUUUCUCUCUUUCUCAUCUUUAGUAGAACCUCUUCACUCUUGAGAAGGAAAUGAACAAGUGGAAAACCCUAAAAGGAAAGGAAAGUGAAGAAAAUUCAAGAAAUUAAAAGAAAGAGAAUAAGAUCAUACAACUAAACGAACAUCAUCUCAUUACCCAACAAGACCCAAAAAGGAAGGAGAGAGAGAGAGAGAGAGAGAGAGAGAGAGAGAGAGAGAGAGAGAGAGAUUCUCAAUACCAUGGAAGCACUUCAAAUCACCACAGAAAGCUCAAACUCAGAGAACACAAACACCACUAGCCCCAACAACAGUUCCACCACCACCAAUGCCACAGCCGUGAUAGCUAUUGCCACAUCCUCAUCAUCUCCUCCAGCCCUCAGCCGCUACGAAUCUCAGAAACGCCGUGACUGGAACACCUUCGGUCAGUACCUGAAGAACCACCGGCCGCCACUCUCUCUAUCCCGCUGCAGCGGGGCUCACGUCCUCGAAUUCCUCCGCUACCUUGAUCAAUUCGGCAAGACCAAGGUCCACAACCAGAUCUGCCCCUUCUUCGGUCAUCCCAACCCACCCGCUCCAUGCCCAUGCCCGCUCCGCCAGGCCUGGGGAAGCCUCGAUGCACUAAUCGGGCGUCUGCGUGCCGCCUUUGAGGAGAACGGUGGCAAACCUGAGGCGAACCCAUUCGGCGCGAGGGCCGUCAGGCUCUACCUACGGGAGGUCCGUGAGAUGCAAUCGAAGGCGAGGGGGAUCAGCUACGAGAAGAAGAAGCGAAAGCGCCCACCGCAGUCGCUGCCCAUGCCGCCACCGAGCACAAGUUAGCACCAGCACCUACCUGCAUUGUGCUUACAGAUCAUGGGUUAUCAUCAAUACAAGAGCUUGAUGAAGGAGAAUUCUAUAUUUUCUGAAUCUCUUAAGCUCUUUUAAGUCUCUUAGCUAUAUGAGUAUGUACUCUCUCUCUCUCUCUCUCUCUCUCUCUCUCUCUCUCUCUCUCUCUCUCUCUCUCUCUUCAUUUUCCUUCUUGGCUGGUAAGAUAAGCUAUAUGUAUAUGUAGGCUACUAGUAAUGUACUUGUAGGUUACAUUAAGCUUCUUCUUUCCCCCCCUUUUUUUAAUGCAGCGUGUAUUUGUUUGAUGGAAGUUAUUCGGAUAUUGGAUGCAUUUUCCUUUGCUUCUAUGCUUCCUAGUAAGAGUGAUAGAGGUAGAGUUUUAGUAGUAGUGGUACCAAUAGUUUGAGAAGAAGAAGAAGGGAGUAUUGUACUUGGAUUGGUAUUAUCUUUGACGAAUUGGGUAUCCUUUUACUUAUGGACAUGUACUUUGAAAUUCCAUACAUGCCAAGCAAUAGAUUUUCAA